AUGAACAUGCUUGGAGCAUUCCUUCUAACUGUUGUUCUGCUCUGUUUGUGUGAGACUGCACUAUCAAGUUCAUUUGAAGACAUGGAGCAAACCCCGCAGAACGCAAACAUGGAAUACAGCAACGAUGUGAAUGAACAAUACACAAAUAGACUCAGGAGAGACCUUCACAGACUUCACAAAUACUUCAACCACAACUCAAUGCCCAGAUUUAUAAAUAAGCUCCCCAGAAGACGCUGGACCCCGACCAACGAUGAGAACCUCGAUAGAGAUUACGAACCCAUUCACAAACGUUACCUCGACAGUUUGGGUGACUCCAUCAUCAAGAAAAAGUAA